AUGACGAACUGGAACGCUUGGAAUCCAUUCAGCCAUCGCGAGUCUCACAGCUCCGGCUCCAUCCUCACUUACAAGCUCCUCACCCUCCUCACCUGGUUGCUGUCCGUCAUUGUAUCCAUCUAUUAUGUUGUCAACGAACCCAAAGAUGGCUACACCAUCCGCCGCCGCAUCUGGGACCAGAACAACCUGGUCCGCACCGCCUUUACCAUGAGCCCGGUCCUCGGCGACAUCUACUGGGUCAUUCUCUUCAUCCUCCAAUUCGGCUACAUCACACAUCUCUUCUCACGCGUUUCCGAGACCGUCAACCACGCGGCGAGCGUUGGCGGCCACUUCAUCCUCAAUAACCUCCUCCACUUUGCGUUCGUCAUGCUCUUUGUUCGCUCGCACUUCAUCUGGGCCGAGGUCAUACUCAUCAUCAACUUUUUUAACCUGUCGAUCCUGUACUUCCGCCACAACACGUCGCCGCGCUUCAUCCAUGCCCCCGUCGCCUCGGGGCCCCUGGCAUGGACUUUCGUCGCCAUCUACUGGAACGGUGCUUUGAUGGUUCACAACCCGCACAAUCUGGUGGCCAGGAUCUUUGGUAACAUUUUUAUCUGGGCCAUCCUGGUGUAUGGCGGCUUCUUUAUUGUUGUCUUUAAAGACUACACUAUGGGCUUUUGGCUCAGUCUCCUAUCUGCGGCCCUUGGAGUCGCCCAGUUUGAGAGACAGGUUAUUGCCCUCCAGUGGAUCUUUGCCUUUGUCAUCAUGGCCGUCCUAUUCCUUGCCACGGUGACAGUAGCCGUGCCGGCUUGGACGGGCAGGGACUACAUGUGGCGUCGCCAAGAAGGCGGUGAUGCCGAACGUGCUCCUCUGCUCAACGAGUAA